AUGCUUCAUUUGCAAUGGAAAGCUCUGGUGCUUAUUCUGGUGAGUCUGGUGUCACUUUCGAUUGCAUUCACGCCUGAGGAGGUUCAAAUUUUCCAGCUUCACCAAGAGAUUCAGAAGUAUGGAAAGAAUGUUGACUUCUACAAGCUUCUUAAGCUUCCCAAGCUGAAAGAAUCGACAUCUCAAGAGAUUCGCAAGAACUUCAGACAGCUGUCCAAGAAGUAUCACCCUGACAAAAACCAAAAGUACAGGAAACUGUAUGAACGUCUCAAUCUUGCAACCAAGAUAUUGAGCAAUGACUCUCAGAGAAAGACGUAUGACUACUAUCUCAAAAACGGGUUUCCAAAAUAUGACUUCAACAAAGGCGGAUUCUUCUUUUCUAGGGUCCGGCCUAGCACCUGGUUCACUCUCGCCUUUAUUUACAUCGCGUGCGGGCUGAUACACUACGUGUUGUUGAGAUUACAGAACGAUGGCAACAAGGCAAGAAUUGAAAGGUUUUUGAGAGAGGUUAAGGCUCAGGAUGAUACUAAUGGCCUUGGCGAAAAACAGCUACUUUUAAGACAAUCUGAAAAUGACGAGGGCAAGAAGAUCAUUGUGAGAUUAGGUGACGUGUUUGUUCUUCAACCAGACGGAACCGAAGCUCUCGUUUCAACCAAGGAGAUCAAGAAUCCAGGUAUUUCCGAAAGCAUACUAGUCAGCCUACCUUUUUGGCUCUGGAGCAAGUCUGUUGGAAAAUUGACAGGCGGCUUCACAGGUCCUAAGGAUAGCUCAAAUCCAAGCACUUCUCGCGCAUUUUCAAAUAAAAGAGCUACACGUAACAAGGGUCCCGGGGCUACUAUGGAUCUACCCAACGGUAAGGUUCUACAUUCUAGAAAGAAAGCGCAAUAG